ACACACAAAGGUGAAGACCGGAGACUCGCCGAAACCGUAGCGAUCGGUGGGUGUCGGAAGGAAACAGAGAAGCGUAUAUUACUACUACUACUUAACGAUGGCGUCUCGUCCCUUUGACGAUGAUGGCUACAUAGGCUACGAUCCUCGCCUCCAGUCCCAGCGAUUCGACUCGUUUUCCAACUUCGAUGCUGAUUCAGUCAAGGAGUCGGUCCCUGACUCGCCGCCGGUAUUCAACAGUCAGUCAUACGGUUCUGGAGAUGACGUGUUCGUUUCUCAGCCGCUUCCGGAGACUCCGUCACCUCCGCCUAUCUAUGGCGGUGGAUUCUCGGAGUUUUCGCCGGAGCAGAACGGAAAAGAUCUCGGUGGAGACUUUGGAGGAUCGGAUGGUCCGAUCCUGCCACCGCCUUCGCAGAUGGAGCCGGAUGAGGGCUUUGCUUUGAGAGAAUGGCGCAGGUUAAACGCGAUUAGGUUGGAGGAGAAGGAGAAGGAGGAGAAAGAGAUGCGCCAGCAAAUAAUUAAGGAAGCAGAGGAGUACAAAGUUGAGUUCUACAAGAAGCAUGGUACAGUUGUGGAGAACAACAAAGCCACCAACAGGGAGAAGGAGAAACUUUUUUUGGCAAGCCGGGAGAAGUUCCACGUUGAAGCUGACAAGAAUUACUGGAAAGCAAUUGCAGAACUCAUUCCCAACGAGGUACCGACCAUAGAGAAGAGGGGCAAAAAGGAAAAAGAGAAGAAGCCUUCCAUUGUUGUGAUCCAGGGACCAAAACCCGGAAAACCAACUGAUCUCUCUAGGAUGCGUCAUAUCCUUCUGAAGCUGAAGCACAAUCCUCCUCCCCACAUGAAGCUCAAACCACCGCCAUCAGAACCCAAGAAGGAUGCAAAAACUGGUACUUCUUCUGUAGCUGGUUCCCCCAAUGCUGGCCCAAGCACUUCUCCUCCACAAGCUUCUGCAGCUGCUGUAGCAACAGCCACUACGCCUGAGACCGUAGCCAAUGGUUGAGAAUGAAGUGCUUUCAGUGUUAGGUCCGUUUAUCUGUGUGAAAAGUAGCCAGUCACUGAUCAGUGUGAAUCAUGAAAUUCUAUUUGUAUGAUCCUUGUGAAUUCUAAGGUUAGGAAUCUAGUACUCUCGAUUUCUAUAUAUUUUUUUGUGUUAACUGUGCCGAUUCUGAUGAUAAUGUUAAUAUCUUUGUGUGGUUGUAUCUGUAGCAUAUUUCUCUGAUGUCCUCAAAAUCAUCUUGCUCUGUAUAGUAUUCGAAAGUAGCCAUUCAGGCUAUCUAUACCUGUAAACAUUAGCAAUUUUUGAAGUUAAAAUACUUGUAAACAUAGGUUCAUAGUUCUUGCACAUAACCAAUACAAGCUUUUUCCUCCC